GCGGCCGCCUUGUCUUCCGGUUGUCACAGAAACGUCAACCUAACGAAACUAUAGUAAACAACAAUGCUACAAUAAAAUAAAACAAAAUGUCCAAAGUAAGUAACUUAAACUCAAGUUUAGCGUAUGAAAUACUGCUGUACUUGAAUACUUUUUAUCUGGGCAUGUUUUUCGUAUGCGAAGUGGCUAUGGGGAUUUUAAAGGCAAUCAAUGUUUCAUAUCCCGAAAAUGCAUUAUUGACCGAGACAGGAAUAUUCUUUGGUCUGUGUUUAGUUGAAGUUAUUCGAAUUUUCUUAGGACGACGAGGGAAUUUGGCUAGCAAAAAAAUCCCGGUAUUUCUCUCCGUGGUUCUAACUAUACCAUCAGCAGCGGGAGUAUGUUACUUCCUCAUCUACCAGACUCAUAUACUCCGUCUCGAAUACAUCUGGUGCGCAGUUAUGCUAAUGUUCCAUGCAUUGGAAUUCGCUUUUGCUGUCCUGUUCAUCUUUACCGUCUGUAAACAUCAACAAUAUGAAUAGAACAGAAACUCUUCACCAAUAAGAUACUAAGUGCCAAAUGUUACCGACUGAAUUUAUAAUGCAUUGAAAAUUGGGAUUAUGAACUGGGUGCCUUCCGGAAGCAAGACUUAAGGAGCUUCAAACCUUACAAGUUUUGUCUAAUGAAAGGACUUUUUGAAUUCCGUAUUUCAAUUCACACAGAAUGCUGUGGUAGCCAAGUUUUGUAAGGAAAAUUUCUUUUUGAAAUUUUUUUUAAAUCUGA